AUGUACUUCUUCCAUGCCUCUCUUGUUGUUCUUCUCUGUUUGGUCAUCCCAAUAAUUUUGGUGAAAGUUGUAACUCAUUGGAACGCUGUCACUCGAGGGAAGCCGUCGCUUCCCCCGGGCACAUCGGGAUGGCCUUUUGUCGGCCAAACACUAGAGUUUUUGAAAGCUGGUUGGAGUGGCCAUCCCGAGAAGUUCAUAUUCGAUAACAUUAAGAAGUAUCGAUCUCUCAUCUUUAGAACACACUUGGCUGGAUCCCCAGCCGUCGUCUUCUGUGGGGCAGCUGCCAAUAAGUUUGUAUUCUCGAACGAAAAUAAGCUUGUCCAAUUGUGGUGGCCAAAAACAAUCACCAAGUUAAUACCUUCUACGUCCAAUUUCGAAGAAUCCCUUAAACUAAAUAAGAUGCUUCACAAUUUCUUAACCCCGAAGACUCUAGAACCCUAUAUCGGUUUCUUGGACAUAAUCGCGCAACGACAUUUCGCUUCACAUUGGGACAAUAGGGAACAAGUCACCGUGUUUCCACUUAUGACAAACUUCUCACUCGCGUUGGCUUGUCGCUUGUUCAUCAACGUUGAUGAUCCCGAGCUCGUUGAAAAGCUAGCAGAUCCUUUAGAGCAAGUCUUGAGGGGGACCGUUUCGAUGCCCAUUGACUUGCCAUGCACAAGGUAUAACUGUGCCAUCAAAUCAUCCCGUUUCAUUAUUAAUGAAUUUACGACGAUCGUAAAGCAAAGAAAGACCGAUUUAGAACAAGGAACGUAUAAAUCCCCUACACAAGAUUUACUAUCACACAUGUUGCUUACUGGAGAUGACAACUUUGUGAAGGACUCUAACAUCGCGGAAAAGAUCCUGGGAUUAAUUAUAGGCAGUGACACGGUCGGUUCGGCAUGUUCUUCCAUUGUCAUGUUCCUUGCCAAACUCCCGGAUGUUUAUGAAAGAGUUUAUAAAGAGCAAAUGGAAAUUGCAAAUUUAAAGAGUUUAGGUGAAUUGCUGACUUGGAAUGAUGUUAAUAAUAAGAUGAAAUAUUCAUGGAGUGUAGCAUGUGAAGCAAUGAGGCUUGCCCCUCCUAUUCAAGGCACCUUUAGGGAGGCCUUGACUGAUUUCAUCUAUGAAGGCUUUUUAAUACCAAAGGGAUUGAAGAUAUAUUGGAAUGCGAACUCGACACAUAAAAGUGCAGAAUAUUUUCCUAAGCCUAAAGAAUUUGAUGCCUCGAGAUUUGAUGGGCAACCGGUACAACCCUACACUUUUGUCCCUUUUGGUGGUGGGCCGAGGAUGUGCCCUGGCAAAGAGUAUGCCCCUAUAGAAAUACUUAUUUUCAUGCAUUGUUUGGUGAAGCGAUUCAAAUGGGAGACGAUGAUUCCAAGCGAGAAGUUAAUUGUCGAUGAUAGGUUUAGGCCCGAGAAAGGUCUUCCAAUUCGUCUUUUUCCUCAUCCAAAAGCUUAA